UGCUGUUACUGAAACAUACACACUACUUUCUUCUUACCACAUACAAAGAAAAUGGUUUCUGAAAACUCUCUCUCUUCUUCUAAACGAUCUCCAGCUACUCCUAAGUUUUGUAACUCAUUCACUACUAGGAUUUUUGCUGAUGUUGCUGGUGACAUUACGAUCGUUGUUGAUGGGGAAUCAUUUCUGUUGCAUAAGUUUCCUUUGGUGACCUUAAGUGGGAAGAUUAGGAAGAUGGUUGCUGAAGCCAAAGGGACCAAUGUUUCAAACUUGGAGCUCCUCAACUUUCCAGGGGGGCACCAGACAUUCGAACUUGCCAUGAAGUUCUGUUAUGGGAUGAAUUUUGAGAUUACAACAUUUAAUGUUGCUCGGCUACGUUGUGCAGCUGAGUACCUUGAAAUGACAGAAGAAUACAGGGAGCAAAACCUCAUCUCAAGAUCAGAGAUUUAUCUGAAUGAGAUUGUCUUUCAAAACCUUCAGAAGUCAGUGGAAGUGCUAUCCACCUGCGAGAUGUUACCUUCAAAUAUAGUGGAGGAAAUUGAGAUAUCAAAUGGAUGUAUAGAAGCUAUUGCAAUGAAUGCUUGCAAGGAGCAACUGGUUUCUGGUUUGUCUAAAUUAGAUUGUGAUGGUGAAUCUAGAGAACUCAAGGAGGAGGAUUGUGUUGCAUGGUGGGUUGAGGAUCUCUCAGUAUUGCGCAUUGAUUACUUCCAGAGAGUUAUAUGUGCCAUGGGAAGAAUGGGAGUUAGAUCAGACAGCAUUAUUGCUUCACUCAUGCAUUAUGCUCAAUCAUCAUUGAAGGGUAUUGGAAAGUGUCAAUUUUGGAAUCCAUCAAGGACAAAUUCAAGUCCAACCACUGUAGAAAAGGACCAGAGGAUAAUAGUAGAAACUCUUGCAAGUCUAAUGCCAACAGACAAGAGCUCUUCCAUUCCCUUGACAUUUUUGUUUGGCAUGUUAAAGAUGGCUAUUAUGCUGGGUGCCACCAUUCCCUGUAGACUGGAGCUUGAAAGGAGAAUCGCGUUACGGUUGGACAUGGUUUCACUGGAUGAUCUUCUUAUACCAUCUCUACAGACUGGAGACUCCUUGUUUGAUGUUGAUACAGUUCACAGGCUACUGCUGAAUUUCUUGCAGCGAGUUGAAGAGGAAGAAACUGAAGAUUAUGGGUAUGAAUCUGAUGGGCUUGGUUCUACUGGCCAUGGUUCUCUUCUAAAAGUGGGGCAGCUAAUUGAUGCUUAUUUAGCAGAAAUUGCUCCUGAUCCUUACUUAAGUCUACAGAAAUUCAUUGCUUUGAUUGAGAUACUUCCUUAUUAUGCUCGUGUUAUUGAUGAUGGCCUUUAUAGAGCUGUGGACAUUUAUUUGAAGGCACAUCCAGCAAUAACAGAACAAGAAUGCAAGAAGCUCUGCAAGUUGAUAGACUGUCAGAAGUUGUCUCAAGAAGCAUGCAACCAUGCUGCUCAGAAUGAAAGGCUUCCACUGCAGAUGGUGGUACAAGUACUGUAUUUUGAGCAGCUUCGUUUGAAGAAUGCAUUAUCAGGGAGUUCAGGAGAAGGGCUGCUAUCACAGAGAAUAAGCAGUGGUGUUCCAAGUGCAGCCAUGUCUCCUAGGGACAACUAUGCUUCUCUGCGGCGAGAAAACCGAGAACUGAAGUUAGAGAUUUCAAGAAUGAGAGUGAGGCUGAGUGAGUUGGAGAAGGAGCAAAUGUUCAUGAAACAAGGCAUGAUUGAUAAGGCAGGAAAUGGAAGAACAUUCUUAACAUCACUUUCGAAAGGGAUAGGGAGAAUUGCAAUUUUUAGUAGUCAAGGAGGAGGAAAGCGCCAGAAAUCAGGUAGGAAGCCUAGGGGUUCAGAUGGGAAAACUGGUAGGAGUAGGAGACAUUCGGUGUCAUAG